CGCGGCGACCAUGGCGGGGCUGGCGGGGCUGCUGCGGAGGGUGACUGACUACGUGAAGACCAAGGAGUUCCGGGACUACCUGACCAGCACACACUUCUGGGGGCCUGUGGCCAACUGGGGCCUCCCUCUGGCCGCCUUUAAGGACAUGAAGGCGUCGCCGGAGUUCAUCAGCGGCCGCAACACAGCGCUCAUCUUCUACUCCAUGGCCUUCAUGCGCUUCGCCUACCGCGUCCAGCCUCGAAACCUGCUCCUGCUGGCGUGCCACUGCACCAACGUGAUGGCGCAGAGCGUGCAGGCCGGCCGCUACCUCGUCUACCACUACGGAGGGGGUGCCGCCGCCGCGGCCACCAUCGCCGGCGCCCCCAAAAACGCCACCCUCGGCGGCCCCUGCGACGACCCCUGCGCCCCUUGCAGCACCUUCGGGGGCGCCCCCAGCGGGGAGGAGGACGCCUGUGUCAACGACGAGUGCGACCCCGGGGCUGCCUGCUUCCGCUGCGAGGAAGGCGCUUGUUAGUGGCAGAGAGCGCCCGAGCGAGGCCUUGCAACUUGCAGGCACAAACUAUUAAUUCUUACUUCGGAAAAGACCAGUGAAAAUCUUGGUUUUGACACAAGUGCGACUCUGACCUAACCUUGCAGUUUGAUUAAUAAAAAAUAGACAAUAGCA